ACCCGCAGCUCUCGUCACACUCAGGGAGCCCAGCCAGGGCUGGCAGAUCAGGCAGCCAAGCUGUCCUACGCCUCAGCUGAGUCGCUGGAGACCAUGUCUGAGGCAGAGCUGCCCCUGGGCUUCAGCAGGAUGAACCGCUUCCGACAGAGCCUGCCCCUCUCCCGCUCUGCCAGCCAGACCAAGCUGCGCUCACCAGGGGUGCUGUUCCUGCAGUUCGGGGAGGAGACCAGGCGCGUGCACAUCACGCACGAGGUCAGCAGCCUGGACACGCUGCACGCACUCAUCGCGCACAUGUUCCCGCAGAAGCUCACCAUGGGCAUGCUUAAGUCGCCCAACACCGCCAUCCUCAUCAAAGACGAGGCGCGCAACGUCUUCUACGAGCUGGAGGACGUCAGGGAUAUCCAGGACCGCAGUAUUAUCAAGAUAUACAGGAAGGAGCCUCUGUACGCAGCUUUCCCUGGCUCACACCUCACCAACGGAGACCUCCGGAGAGAGAUGGUGUACGCGUCGCGGGAGUCGUCGCCUACGCGGCGCCUCAACAACCUGUCGCCAGCCUCGCAUCUGGCGUCCGGCUCACCGCCGCCGGGGCUGCCGUCGGGGCUGCCGUCGGGCUCGCCGUCGCGCUCACGCCUCUCCUACGCCGGCGGGCGCCCGCCGUCGUACGCAGGCAGCCCGGUGCACCAUGCGGCCGAGCGGCUGGGAGGCGCCCCGGCUGCCCAGGGCGUCAGCCCCAGCCCCAGCGCCAUUCUGGAGCGGCGCGACGUGAAGCCCGACGAGGACCUGGCGGGCAAGGCGGGCGGCAUGGUGCUGGUGAAGGGCGAGGGCCUCUACGCCGACCCUUACGGGCUGCUGCACGAGGGUCGCCUGAGUCUGGCGGCGGCCGCUGGCGACCCGUUCGCCUACCCAGGCGCGGGCGGGCUGUACAAGCGCGGCUCGGUGCGCUCGCUCAGCACCUACUCGGCCGCCGCGCUGCAGUCGGACCUGGAGGACUCGCUGUACAAGGCGGCGGGCGGCGGUGGCCCGCUCUACGGCGACGGCUACGGCUUCCGCCUGCCCCCUUCGUCGCCGCAGAAGCUGGCCGACGUGGCGGCGCCCCCCGGAGGACCACCGCCGCCGCACAGCCCCUACUCCGGGCCACCCAGCCGCGGCUCUCCCGUGCGCCAAUCCUUCCGCAAGGACUCUGGCUCCUCGUCAGUCUUCGCCGAGAGUCCCGGAGGCAAGACCCGCAGCACUGGGAGCACCUCGACGGCCGGAGCCCCUCCUCCUGAGCUCUUCCCCGGGCCCGGGGAGCGCUCCCUCGUGGGGUUCGGGCCGCCGGUGCCAGCCAAGGACACAGAGACCAGAGAGCGCAUGGAGGCCAUGGAGAAGCAGAUUGCCAGCCUCACAGGCCUGGUGCAGAGUGCCCUACUUCGAGGCUCAGAGCCUGAGCCGCCAAGUGAGAAGAUUGAAGGCUCCAAUGGAGCAGCCACCCCCUCAGCACCGUGUGGGUCAGGCAGCAGAAGCAGCGGGGCCACCCCGGUAUCUGGCCCUCCCCCACCCUCGGCCAGUAGCACCCCUGCGGGUCAGCCCACCGCAGUCAGCCGUCUGCAGAUGCAGCUGCACCUGCGUGGCCUGCAGAACAGCGCCAGCGACCUGCGCGGCCAGCUUCAGCAGUUGCGCAAGCUCCAGCUCCAGAACCAGGAGUCGGUGCGCGCGCUGCUGAAGCGCACUGAGGCGGAACUGAGCAUGCGCGUGUCGGAGGCGGCGCGGCGGCAGGAGGACCCACUGCAGAGGCAGCGCACCCUGGUGGAAGAGGAGCGGCUGCGCUACCUCAACGACGAGGAGCUCAUCACCCAGCAGCUCAAGUGA